CACAAGCAGAAAACUAAACGGGCCAGAUGUGGCGCUGACUAGGCGGGCUCCAGCCCGCUGCAAGACGCGCUGAGCAGGAAGUCCCACAGCCGCCCAGGCGCUGCGACGCCAGCCAGAGCUAAAACACAUGGGCGCCAGAUAAGCUGAUGACGAUAAACGCCACGCCAGCGCCUGGAAAGAAACGCCGCCCAAAAGGAAACCUAGGGGGCCUGCACAGGUGAUGCAAGCGUCAGCCGCAAGUUCAACUUCGGUGACCCACCCUGAACCUCCUCCACUUCACAAAGCGCGCCACCCGCCGACCAGAUGGCAACAAAGUGCUCCAGCUUAGCCGCCUUGAGCUGUGCGCGGCGAGCAGGCGCCACCUGCUGCCCACCACGCUGACGACACGACCCUCACGGCGCGCGACCGGCGGUGGACGGGCCGGUCCUGAUGGCGGCAGUACAGCUGUUCUGCCGCGCGUCCAACGCCCGUGUCCAUCCGGACAAGAGCAAGGCCAUGGGCCUUGGCAGGUUUGCGCACCUGACGGGCCCUUGCCCACACACGGGGGUGCCGUUUACCACUGGCGCCGUGACGCACCUGGGUGUGCCUCUGUCGUGGGACUCUGAUGCGGCUGCAGCUGACCUGUACACCCGGCGGGCUCGCGGCAUGGCGUUUGUGGCGCGUCUGUGGGCUGCCCUGUCUCUGACCCUGGUUGGCCGUGUGCACGUUGCGAAGCAGGUGCUGGCGGCGAAGCUGGCCUACCACUUCAGCUUCCUCAACCCAUCGCCUGCGCAGCUGAAGGAACUCACCGACCUGGUGGACCACUUUGCUGCGCGCUCCGUGCACGCUGAGGAUGCCAGCCUGGUGUCGCACGGGAACCCGCUCCUGCUGCCAAAGCGGGAGACGGCCUGUCUGCCGUACAAGGAUGGGGGUGUCAACCAUGUCGACCUGCCUGCGUUCCUGUCUGCCCUGCAAGCUAAGACUUUCGCCCUGCUUGCCCAGCCAGGCCGGCAACCCUGGAAGACGCUCACCCGGGCGCUGCUUACUCAUGUGCGCCCGGACUCUGCCACCACGUGGGCGUGGGUGUACAGCGACGCGCCGGCGCCAGCGGGGCUGCCUGCCCGGCUGGCGGCCGCGGUCGGCCACGUGCGGAGCGCGGGCGUGGAACAGCAUCCGCCGCAGCCAGCCACUCAGCCGCCAGCGGCGCCGCCACAGUGGCGGGUUAGCCUGGACCAGCUGUGGGUGGCUAACGCUGCGGGGGCUGUGUCCUACGUCCACUACACGGGGCGGCUCUUGGAGCCUGGGCCUGGCGUGCUGCCCCCGGCAGUGGAUGGGGCGUGGCAGCCUGCCUGUGUGCUGCAGCACCGCAAGCCGCGGCACCUGUGGACCUUUGAAGAGCGGGCGGCGUACGAUGCAGCAUCACCAGGGGAACGGGCAGGGGCGUGGCCUCGGGCGCCGUACUUCCUGGCGCCGGAGGCUGGGGUGGUGGUGCACCCGGAGCACUGCCGGAUUGCGGGUGUCAGCUUGGCGGACUACACGGUGCGGGACGUGCGGCGGGCCAUCACCGCGGCCAACCCGGCCGCCCCUCUGGCUCCGGCCCGCCCCGCAGCCAUGCCGUGCCCGGCGCCAGCACAGCAGGCGGGGGGUUCGGGGACCCAGCCGGCGGCACAGUCGCGGCUGGCGGAGCGGGAGGCGGAGUGGCAGCGUGCAGCGGCGCAGCUGACCACCACGGCGGCGCAGCACUUCCACAAUAACCCGGUGGCUCUGGACCCCUGGCUCCACCGCACCUCCGCGGCAGCCGGGCAGCAGAACACGCCGGCGAGAACACUGCAGUCGUAUGCGUCCCCGUCCCAGCAGUCGGGUGAGGGGCCGCGGCGGUCCGCGCGGCUGCAGGAGCAGGCGGCGGGAGGGGCGGGACCUAGCACUGGGCCUGCCACGGCGGCGGCGGCAGCAGCGGCGGCGGUGGAGGGCGACCCUCGCAUGCCGCCCCCGGAUGCGUCCCUUCUGCGGGGUACGUGGCGGAGGCUGUGGGACAGCCACGCCAGUCGGGGGGCAAAGGUGCUGGUGUACAGGCUGCAACAUGCUUACCUGCCUUGCGGGCUGUACAGGGCGGGCAAGGGCAUUCGGCCACGGGUGACCACGGGGUGCGGGGGGUUGGGGGCGCACUGUCCUCACCCCGCCUGCGGGCCACCUGGCCCGCGGGCGUGGGCCAGCCUGACGCACAUCUUCCUGGAGUGUCCAGCUUAUGCGCAGGCGAGGACGUGGCUGCAGCAGCUGUGGGCCUGCGUUGCGCCCCAGGCAGCGGCGCCGCCAGUGACGGACGCGGGCUUCAUGCUGGGGGACCGCAUGGGUAUGUGGGCCUCAGGCCCGCGGGGGGCGGGCGCGCUGCUGUGGAGCACUUUGCGGGCCACCUUCUUGUACGCCGUCUGGUGUGCGUACUGGUCCCGCGAGCCUGCUAAGCAGACGUCGGAGCAUGUGGUUCGGGAGGUGGUCAGCGAGCUGCGCAGGGUGAUGCAGCUGCGUUUCACUGCCGCCACGCUAACCCCUGAAACCCUGUCGGCUCUGCCCACACAGCUUCUCACCGCACAGCUCAAGGCGGCUAAGCUGGAGCACUUUGUUGCCAUCUGGUCGGCGGGUGGCGCGCUUUGUGAAGUGGAGGAGGUUCAGGCUGACCUGUUCACCCGGCGGGCUCGCGGCAUGGCGUUUGUGGCGCGUCUGUGGGCUGCCCUGUCUCUGACCCUGGUUGGCCGUGUGCACAUUGCGAAGAAGGUGCUGGCGGCGAAGCUGGCCUACCACUUCAGCUUCCUCAACCCAUCGCCUGCGCAGCUGAAGGAACUCACCGACCUGGUGGACCACUUUGCUGCGCGCUCCGUGCACGCUGAGGAUGCCAGCCUGGUGUCGCACGGGAACCCGCUCCUGCUGCCAAAGCGGGAGACGGCCUGUCUGCCGUACAAGGAUGGGGGUGUCAACCAUGUCGACCUGCCUGCGUUCCUGUCUGCCCUGCAAGCUAAGACUUUCGCCCUGCUUGCCCAGCCAGGCCGGCAACCCUGGAAGACGCUCACCCGGGCGCUGCUUACUCAUGUGCGCCCGGACUCCGCCACCACGUGGGCGUGGGUGUACAGCGACGCGCCGGCGCCAGCGGGGCUGCCUGCCCGGCUGGCGGCCGCGGUCGGCCACGUGCGGAGCGCGGGCGUGGAACAGCAUCCGCCGCAGCCAGCCACUCAGCCGCCAGCGGCGCCGCCACAGUGGCGGGUUAGCCUGGACCAGCUGUGGGUGGCUAACGCUGCGGGGGCUGUGUCCUACGUCCACUACACGGGGCGGCUCUUGGAGCCUGGGCCUGGCGUGCUGCCCCCGGCAGUGGAUGGGGCGUGGCAGCCUGCCUGUGUGCUGCAGCACCGCAAGCCGCGGCACCUGUGGACCUUUGAAGAGCGGGCGGCGUACGAUGCAGCAUCACCAGGGGAACGGGCAGGGGCGUGGCCUCGGGCGCCGUACUUCCUGGCGCCGGAGGCUGGGGUGGUGGUGCACCCGGAGCACUGCCGGAUUGCGGGUGUCAGCUUGGCGGACUACACGGUGCGGGACGUGCGGCGGGCCAUCACCGCGGCCAACCCGGCCGCCCCUCUGGCUCCGGCCCGCCCCGCAGCCAUGCCGUGCCCGGCGCCAGCACAGCAGGCGGGGGGUUCGGGGACCCAGCCGGCGGCACAGUCGCGGCUGGCGGAGCGGGAGGCGGAGUGGCAGCGUGCAGCGGCGCAGCUGACCACCACGGCGGCGCAGCACUUCCACAAUAACCCGGUGGCUCUGGACCCCUGGCUCCACCGCACCUCCGCGGCAGCCGGGCAGCAGAACACGCCGGCGAGAACACUGCAGUCGUAUGCGUCCCCGUCCCAGCAGUCGGGUGAGGGGCCGCGGCGUUCCGCGCGGCUGCAGGAGCAGGCGGCGGGCGGGGCGGGGCCUAGCACGGGGCCUGCCACGGCGGCGGCGGCAGCAGCGGCGGCGGUGGAGGGCGACCCUCGCAUGCCGCCCCCGGAUGCGUCCCUUCUGCGGGCUUAUGCGCAGGCGAGGACGUGGCUGCAGCAGCUGUGGGCCUGCGUUGCGCCCCAGGCAGCGGCGCCGCCAGUGACGGACGCGGGCUUCAUGCUGGGGGACCGCAUGGGUAUGUGGGCCUCAGGCCCGCGGGGGGCGGGCGCGCUGCUGUGGAGCACUUUGCGGGCCACCUUCUUGUACGCCGUCUGGUGUGCGUACUGGUCCCGCGAGCCUGCUAAGCAGACGUCGGAGCAUGUGGUUCGGGAGGUGGUCAGCGAGCUGCGCAGGGUGAUGCAGCUGCGUUUCACUGCCGCCACGCUAACCCCUGAAACCCUGUCGGCUCUGCCCACUCAGCUUCUCACCGCACAGCUCAAGGCGGCUAAGCUGGAGCACUUUGUUGCCAUCUGGACGGCGGGUGGCGCGCUUUGUGAAGUGGAGGAGGUUCAGGGUGGGUCACCGAAGUUGCACUUGCGGCUGACGCUUGCAUCACCUGUGCAGGCCCCCUAGGUUUCCUUUUGGGCGGCGUUUCUUUCCAGGCGCUGGCGUGGCGUAUUAUCGUCAUCAG